AUGCAACAGAGAGUCACCGGCGAGAAGACGCACGAGUUUCGAAAAUACCUCAUCAAUUCAUCAGUGAAGCGAAUUUGGUUCUAUCGAACUGCACUCCACUCAAGUAUUAAAUACAUCUGCGAGAUUCUUCCAGCUCAAACUCGCAAUGUUGGCGAUGCCCUACCCGAAGAGAACGGAAUCGAUAACAAGGAAUACAACGAACACCACAAAGACUGGGACGAAUAUGAUUAUGCCCACAAGAUCACUUCGGGCUAUCGACUCGAUGAGCCGCUUACGCUGGACAAGUUGCAAAGCAUGUACGAAAUGACGUUUGCUCCGCAAGGACUUGUGUAUGUCCCCUCAUCGAUUCUGGAGGACUUCCGCUGGAUAAACGCAACCAAGCUCCCGUGA